UGAUUUAUUGGAAUUGCUCUUUUUUCAGUAGCGUGAUUGUGCUAAAACUGACAGAACUGGGUGCAUAAUUUUGUAUUUAUUGUGGAUUUUCCAUUUUGCACACUCAUAAUUAUGCAAAUAAACUCAAAUAUAUUAAUACAUCCUCCAACUCCUUCACCUGCUUUGUGAAACUUCUGGAAAAUUACUCAAAAGGCCUUUAUCUCUUCCAAAUGUGAUUCUUUCAACAUUUAAAUCAGUUUUAGAAAGUGUAAAUCUAUAUAAUUGGUCUGAAUAAGGGAUGCAAACAGUUAAUCAACUUAAAUUUAAUUGUCGAUUAAUGGUUUAUUAGAUUAAAAUUGGUUCCAAUCUAUUAGUAACGUCCGCUAGACCUUCUUUUAAUGUUGUAGUUUGGCCGCCAUACAGCAGAGGGCGCCGCUGGUCAUCCUUAAGCGGAGCCGUACAGAAACAAAAUGGCGGAGCUUUCUCUGAACGGGACAGAGAAGUCGUUCAAACGGAGUCCGUUGUGGGAUAUAAAAAGCACUUUAUACGGCUCUGUUUUGAAAUAUAAACACUCCAAAAUCUCAUCGAGUUUCACGGCGAAGCAGCGUCAACUUCUCAUUUAAAGGCGAUUAAUGUGACACGAAGGCGAGGAUUUAAAGACAAAAGACAUGGCGCCAAUAAGCACGAUUGAUUUUCAAGACUGUGUGGAGGCCGUGGUGGAGUUCGACUAUGAGGCUCAGCAGGACGAUGAGUUGACCCUGACGGUGGGCGACAUCAUCAAGAACAUACGGCGAGACGAUGGCGGCUGGUGGGAGGGCGAGCUGGGCGGACGCAGGGGGUUCUUCCCCGAUAACUUUGUCAGGGAGUUAAAGAAGGACGGGAAGAGAGAUGGAGGACAGGCGGGGAUGAUUAAGUCUGAACUCUCCAACGGCAGGGCCAGCCCGGUGUCGGACACCAGCGUGCGACCUGGAAAGAAAGGAGAGCAAAUCCGUAAGCGAAGAUGUAAGGCUUCCUUCAGCUAUGCACCUCAGCAUGAAGACGAACUGGAGCUGAAAGUCGGAGAUGUCAUCGAGAUCAUCGCAGAGGUGGAGGAGGGAUGGUGGGAAGGGGUUCUUAAUGGGAAAAUUGGAAUGUUUCCCUCCAAUUUCACCAAAGAGAUCCUGGCAGAUUCGGACGCUCCCUCCCUGGAAACUCCCAACUCGCAGGAGGAAAUCCGCCACAGUCGCACCAGUAAAGACAGCCCCGGUUGUGAAAGCGAUGGAGGAGACAGUCGGUCAGAAUCAGGGUCAGAAAUCCAACCUAAGAAGAUUCAGGGGAUUGGCUUCGGUAACAUCUUCAGAGACCAGCCCAUCAAGCUCCGGCCGCGCUCCGUGGAUCUGGAUUCAGAAAAGGUCAACGAAGGGAAAGGCGUGAGUGUAGCAGCUGAAACCAUGAAGACCGAACCUGAUAGCAAAGCUAAAGUGCGGGAGCAGUGUAAGGUCCUUUUCCCAUAUGAAGCCCAAAAUGAAGACGAGUUGACGCUGAAAGACGGGGACAUCAUCAAUAUUAUCACAAAGGAAUGUGCCGAUGCAGGUUGGUGGAUGGGGGAGAUCGGUGGAAGGCAGGGUGUCUUCCCAGAUAACUUCGUCAAACUGCUUGAAGUUGAGAAAGAGAGACCAAAGAAACCGCCGCCGCCCAGCGCUCCAUCAGCCAAACACGCCACAGAGAAAAAAUCUGAAGCGAAGAAGGUUCCUCCUGAGCGGCCUGAGCAUCUGCCUCAAAGAGACCCGGAUCGAGGUGAAGAGAUGAAGAUUGGAGAAAUUGUUAAGCCCUCCCUCCCAGCUCACCUUCCCAAGAAACCCCUCCCCCCAAAGUCAAGCGCUUCCUCUUCCUCCCAUCCCCCACGGCGUCCAGAGAGGCCGCCUACAUUAGCGUGUGAAAGCCCCAAGUCUGAGGGCGGGGCUUCAACACCAGAUUCUGCCCCUGACAGGUCACAGGCCACCGAUCUGGACCUAGAUGCGGUCGUCUCCUCGACAGAGAAGCUGAGCCACCCGACGGCGUCGCGGCCGAGAGUCACAGACCGCCGGCCUCGCUCCCAGAUCAUCACACCUUCGUCUCUGUCCAGCACAGAGCUGGAGUUUCCCACGGUGGAGGACAGGAAGGACAGAAGGAAAGACGACCAGGAGUCCCUCCCCAUCAAGAAAGUAGUCCCAGUCAUCCCAGUACAUGACGUUAAAGCCCCGCUGCCCAAACCCGCCAUCCUGCCCCCGCCUAACUCCGGCCAUCGCUCCAUUUCCCCAUCCUCCUCCUCGGGUCUGACCCCAUCCCCGGAGCUCCGGCAGUCGCCGCUCACGCCGACGCCGCCGACGCUGGAGGAACUCAGGAACCAACUGAGAGACUUGAGAGCCUCCAUAGAGAUGCUGAAGCACCAGCACAGGCAGGAAAUGAAGCAGCUAGCCAACGCUUUGGAUGAGGAGAAGAAGAUACGUGUCAGUUUACAGGUGGAAGUAGAGCACAUAAAGAAGAGCCUGUCCAAAUGAGGACUGAAGAAUUGAUUUCUCAUUGCACCUGAGGCCACAUUUAAAAACAAAAA